AUGAAGACCACUCUGAUCCUCGCUCUUGCCGCUGCUGCCUCUGCCCAGGAGCUCUGCGAACAGUAUGGCAGCUACAACAAAGGUAUCUACACCGUCAACAACAACAUGUGGGGAAAGGACUCGGGCAGCGGCUCGCAGUGCACCAACGUCGACAGCAUCUCCGACAGCGGUGUUUCCUGGCACACCAAGUGGUCCUGGUCCGGUGCCGACAGCUCGGUCAAGACCUUCCCGAACUCGGGAGUGAAGCUUGACGUCAAGCUUGUUAGCGAGCUUACGAGCAUCAAAACAUCCGCCGAGUGGAAAUACGAUAAUGACAAUAUCAACGCCGAUGUUGCCUACGAUCUCUUCACUGCAGCUGACAAGAACCACGCCACUUACAGCGGUGACUACGAGCUGAUGAUCUGGCUCGGCCGCUAUGGAAGCAUCAGCCCUAUUGGCAGCAAGGUCGACUCGGUUGAUGUUGGUGGACACACCUGGGAGCUCUGGAACGGCAAGAACGGCGAUAUGAACGUCUACAGCUUUGUUGCUGGGAGCCCUGUCACCUCCUUCAACACUGACAUCAAGGAGUUCUUCGACCUCUUGGUCAAGAGCCACUCCUACCCUGCUGACUCCCAAUACCUGAUCAACUUGCAAUUUGGUACUGAGCCCUUCACUGGCGAUGGCACUCUCACUGUCACCAACUGGGAAGCCAAUGCCGCUUAA